AUGCCCAAAUCUGGGUUCACAAAACCAGUUCAGAGUGAAAAUUCUGACAGUGACAGCAAUAUGGUAGAAAAACCAUAUGGAAGAAAGAGUAAAGAUAAGAUUGCAUCCUAUAGUAGAACUCCGAAAAUUGAUCGAAGUGAUGUGGGCAAGGAGGUGAAAGAGAAAUCGUCCAUGAAGCGUAAACUUCCUUUUACCAUUAGUCCAUCAAGAAAUGAAGAACGAGAUUCAGACACAGAGAAAGAAGGUCCAGAAAAGAAGAAAACUAAAAAGGAAGCUGGAAAUAAGAAGUCCGCACCAGUUAGCAUUCUUUUUGGUUAUCCACUCUCAGAGCGAAAGCAGAUGGCACUUCUUAUGCAGAUGACAGCAAGAGACAACAGUCCAGAUUCCACACCAAAUCAUCCAUCACAAACAACACCAGCCCAAAAGAAAACUCCCAGUUCCUCAUCUCGACAAAAAGAUAAAGUUAAUAAACGAAAUGAACGUGGCGAAACUCCUUUACACAUGGCAGCUAUUCGAGGAGAUGUGAAACAAGUCAAAGAAUUAAUAAGUUUAGGAGCAAAUGUGAAUGUGAAAGAUUUUGCAGGUUGGACACCACUGCAUGAAGCCUGCAAUGUUGGGUAUUAUGAUGUUGCUAAGAUACUUAUAGCAGCUGGAGCUGAUGUUAACACACAAGGAUUAGAUGAUGACACUCCACUCCAUGAUUCUGCUAGUAGUGGGCAUAGAGAUAUAGUGAAACUGUUACUUCGUCAUGGUGGAAAUCCAUUUCAAGCUAAUAAACACGGAGAGCGUCCAGUGGAUGUCGCAGAAACAGAGGAGUUGGAACUGCUACUAAAAAGAGAGGUGCCUUUAUCUGAUGAUGAUGAAAGUUACACAGAUUCUGAAGAGGUUCAGUCUGUAAAUCCUUCCAGUGUUGAUGAAAAUAUUGACUCUGAGACAGAGAAAGACUCUAUCAUCUGUGAAAGUAAACAAAUAAUUCCCAAAGCACCUCUUUCAACUGCCCUUGAUGAGUAUGAGUUCAAAGAUGAUGAUGAUGAAGAAAUAAAUAAAAUGAUUGAUGAUAGGCAUAUUCUUAGGAAAGAGCUCAGAAAAGAGAAUGAAUCUGAAGUAGAAAAAAAUAGUUUAUUUGCAAAACAGGAUAAAGCUUUCUACCCUAAAUCAUUUAAAAGUAAAAAACAAAAGCCAUCUAGGGUUUUGUAUUCAAGUUCUGAAAGUUCAGAUGAAGAAAUUCUUCAGAACAAAAAGUUUUCUGCUUCCUGCUCUAUACCUGAAACAUCAAAUUCCGACACACAAACCAAAAAGGAAUAUGGAGUUUCAAAUGAGCACAAACAAAAAGGUAAAGUUAAAAGAAAAUUAAAGAACCAGAACAAAAAUAAAGAGAACCAAGAGCUGAAGCAAGAAAAAGAGGGGAAAGAAAAUACCAGAGUAACAAACCUGACAAUUACUACAGUAGAUUGUUCAGAAAAGACAAGAGAAGAGGGGAAUUUUAGGAAAUCUUUUAGCCCUAAAGAUGAUACUUCGUUACAUUUAUUUCAUAUUUCUAGUGGUAAAUCUCCCAAACAUUCUUGUGGACUAAGUGAAAAACAAUCAACACCACUAAAACAAGAACACACCAAAACAUGUUUAUCACCAGGAAGUUCUGAAAUGUCAUUACAGCCUGAUCUUGUUCGAUAUGAUAAUACAGAACCAGAAUUCUUGCCAGAAAGUUCAAGUGUAAAAUCUUGUAAGCAUAAGGAAAAAAACAAACAUCAGAAAGAUUUCCACUUAGAAUUUGGUGAAAAGUCAAAUGCUAAAAUAAAGGAUGAAGACCAUAGUUCAACAUUUGAAAAUUCAGAUUGUACAUUGAAAAAAAUGGAUAAAGAAGGUAAAACAUUAAAAAAGCAUAAAUUGAAACAUAAAGAGAGGGAAAAAGAAAAGCAUAAAAAGGAAAUUGAAAGUGAAAAGGAAAAAUACAAAAAUAGGGAUGGGGUUAAAGAGCAACAGCGGAGUGUUGAAUUUGAUAGAGAAUUUUGGAAAGAGAAUUUUUUUAAAAGUGAUGAAACUGAAGAUAUAUUUUUUAGUAUGGAACAUGACUCCCUAACAGAAAAAAAAUCAAAGUUGGAAAAAAACAUGAAAGAUGAUAAAUCAACCAAGGAAAAACAUGUCUCAAAAGAUAGGAACUUUAAAGAAGAACGAGAAAAGAUUAAAAAGGAAAGUGAGAAAUCAUUUAGGGAGGAAAAAAUAAAAGAUUUAAAAGAAGAAAGAGAGAAUAUACCUAUCAGUAAAGAAACAGAAUUUAGUUCUUUAGGUAUAAGUGCCAGUGAGGAAUCUAUAGGGUUACAUUCAAUGGAAAAGGAAAUAGAAAUUGAAAAACAAGAAAAGCACAUAAAAGACAGUAAGGAAAAAUCCGAUAAACGAUUUCAAAGUAAAGAAAAGGACAUUGAGAAAGCUGAAAGAAGAAAUUCUGAAAAAGAGAAGAAAAUAAAACAUGAGCAUAAGUCAGAGAAAGACAAAUUAGAUCUUAGUGAAUGUGUUGACAGAAUAAAAGAAAAAGACAAACUAUAUUCACAUCAUACAGAGAAAUGUCAUAAAGAAGGUGAGAAGAUAAAAAAUAUUACUAUUAAAAAACCUGAUGACAGAGAGAAAAGUAGAGAAAAGACAGACAGAAGACAUGACAAAGACAAACCUGAAAAAGAGAGGCAUCUAGCAGAAAGCAAAGAAAAGCACAUGAUGGAGAAAAAAAGCAAACAGUCAGAUAAUAGUGACUACACUAAAUCAGAAAAAAGCAAAAAUAAAGAUAGGGAGAUAGAUAAAAAGGAAAAAUCUAGAGAUAAAGAAAGUGUAAAUACAAGUAACUCCAAACACUUUCAGGAAGAGAAGAGGUCAAAUAUAGCAGACAGCAGUAAAGCACAACAGGAAAAAAUUUUAUCCCUUAAAGAAAAAACAAAAGAUGAACCUUUGAAAACUGAUGGAAAAGAAAAAGAUAAAAAAGAUAAAGACAUAGACAGAUACAAAGAACGAGACAAACAUAAGGAUAAAAUUCAACUGAAUAGUUUAUUCAGACUAAAAUCUGAAGUCGAUAAGCCCAAACCUAAGUUAUCACCAGCUUCAAAAGAUACUCGACCUAAGGAAAAGAGGUUGGUGAAUGAUGAUUUAAUGCAGACAAGUUUUGAACGAAUGCUAAGCCUUAAAGACCUAGAAAUAGAGCAGUGGCACAAAAAACAUAAGGAAAAAAUAAAGCAAAAAGAAAAGGAACGGUUGAGAAAUCGUAACUGUUUAGAACUUAAAGUAAAAGAUAAAGAAAAAACAAAGCAUACACUAGCUGAGUCCAAAAAUAAAGCACUUAGUAGGUCAAAGAGUUCAGAGUUGACUGAUCCUUAUACCAAGGAGAAACAAUCUAAAGAUGCUGUAAGUAACAGAUCACAAUCUGUUGACACCAAAAAUAUAAUGAAUUUAGGGAAGUCCUCUUUUGUCUCAGAUAAUAGCUUAAACAGAUCUCCUAGAUCAGAGAAUGAAAAGCCAGGUCUCAGCUCCAGAUCUGUAUCCAUGAUUUCUGUUGCUAGUUCAGAAGAUUCCUGUCAUACUACAGUAACCACCCCAAGACCUCCAGUUGAGUAUGACUCUGACUUUUUGUUAGAGGGUUCAGAUUCCCAAAUGUCCUUUUCCCAGUCACCUUUUCUGCCAAUUGCCAAAUCUCCUGCAUUUCAUGAAAAGGACUUCGAUAGUAUAACUGAACUGCCAGAGCGGAUUAAACCACCAUAUACGAGCAGACUUCCAACAUCCCAUGUCCGAUCAUCUUCUGUAGAAGAUGUUAAACCUGUUAUAAAUGAGGGCAGAGCAGCUGUAGAAGUUCGAAGAUGUAGCAUGCCAUCUGUCAUUUGUGAACAUACAAAACAAUUCCAAACAACAUCAGAAGAAAGCAAUCAAGUUGGCUUAGCUGUGCCAAGAGAUAUUUGCCCUUCUCCCAAAUCUGUGGUAUCCUCAAAUGUGCCUGAAAGAGAACUUUCAAAUGUAUCGAACAUACAUUCCAGUUUUGCCACCUCUCCAACUAGAUCUAUAAACAGCAAAUAUAUUUCAGCUGAUAUAAACAUUAUCAAGAGUUCUGCUUCAGUGGGCACUUUAAUGGACAGUCCUGUUCAUUUAGAGCCAUCUAAUCAGGUUGGUGUGAUCCAAAAUAAAUCAUGGGAGAUACAUGUAGAUAGAUUGGAAUCAUUAAGCACCAGUGAUGUCAUUGGCCCAAAUUCUAGUACAUCUGAUCAAGAUCCUUCUGUCCAGGUUUUUUGUAAUUCCGGAAACAAAAUAUUAAAAGAACAGAAUACUGACCUUUUAUGCCUGCACCAGACUGAACUGCCAGCAAACUCUUGUGCUCAGGAUGCACCAUCCUUUCUACCUUCACAGCAACCAGGCUCUUUCCAAAGCCAAUCACUUUCAGAUACUGAUAAACAUAUGUCUUCAUCAUAUGUUGCCAAUCAAGAUACAGAUAUUUUACAACAUAAAAAUGCAGUUCGGGUUAUCAGUACUGUUUUAGAUACUGAUAAUGAAUCUACAAAAGAUAUGGAAAAGACUUUUGCCCUAACAGAUGUCCAAAGGACAGAUACCUUUGUUCCAUUGUACUCCGAAAACUCUGUUCAAGAAGCAUCACCAAAUUUUGAGAAGGCUAAUACUUUGCCUGUAUUACCAUUAGAGAAGGAUUUUAAUGGAAGUGAUUCCUCUUCCCAGCAAAAUAUACAUUAUGCAUUUAGCAAACAUAUAUAUAAGUCUUCCAGUAGCCAGGAAGUUGAAAAUAACACUUCUGAUAUUCCGGUUAUUUCACACGAAAAAGAAAGCAAUCUGGAAAGUUUGGUUUUAACUCAUUUGAAUGAUAAGUGUGAUUCUGAUUUAUAUGAAAUGAAUGCAGGAAUGCCAAAAGGAAACCUAAAUGAACAGGAUAAUCCAAAGCUUUGUCUUGAAAGUGAAAAGUGUUUGCUUUCCAUUGAAGAGGAAGAAUCACAACAAAGCACUUUAUCAUGUCUGGAAAGCCAUUCACAACAACCAACUCAACAAGAAAUGCAUAAAUAUGGGCAAUUAAUUAAAACAGAAUUAGAAGAAAAUGUGGAAGAUGAUAAAACUGAAAACCAAAUUUCUCAGAGGAUGACUAGAAACAGAGCAAAUGCAGUGGCAAAUCAAAGCAAACAGAUUCUUGCUAGUUGUACAUUAUUACCAGAAAAAGACAGUGAGUCUUCAUCUCCUAGAGGAAGAAUAAGAUUAACUGAAGAAGAUGAUCCUCAAAUUCACCACCCACGGAAAAGGAAAGUGUCACGUGUACCUCAGCCUGUGCAAGUGAGUCCCUCUUUACUACAAGCAAAAGAGAAAACUCAGCAGUCUCUGGCAGCCAUUGUAGAUUCUCUGAAACUAGAUGAGAUUCAGCCAUACAGUUCAGAGAGAGCAAAUCCAUAUUUUGAGUAUUUGCACAUAAGAAAAAAAAUUGAAGAAAAGCGCAAAUUGUUAUGUAGUGUUAUUCCUCAAGCACCUCAGUAUUAUGAUGAAUACGUGACAUUUAAUGGAUCAUAUCUCUUGGAUGGAAAUCCCUUAAGCAAGAUUUGCAUUCCCACAAUUACGCCACCCCCUUCACUGUCAGAUCCACUCAAAGAGCUGUUUCGGCAACAGGAAGUGGUAAGGAUGAAACUACGUUUGCAACACAGCAUUGAAAGGGAAAAACUCAUUGUAUCCAAUGAACAGGAAGUUCUACGAGUUCAUUACAGAGCUGCAAGAACACUAGCAAAUCAAACACUGCCAUUUAGUGCAUGCACUGUUUUACUGGACGCAGAAGUCUACAGUGUGCCCCUGGAUGCUCAGUCUGAUGACAGUAAAACUUCCGUGAGGGAUCGCUUUAAUGCAAGACAGUUCAUGUCUUGGUUACAAGAUGUGGAUGAUAAAUUUGACAAAUUAAAGACCUGUCUUUUAAUGAGGCAGCAACAUGAAGCUGCAGCUUUAAACGCCGUUCAGAGAUUAGAAUGGCAGCUCAAACUCCAGGAACUUGAUCCUGCCACAUAUAAAUCUAUCAGCAUUUAUGAAAUCCAGGAGUUUUAUGUUCCCCUUGUUGAGGUUAAUGAUGAUUUUGAAUUGACUCCUAUAUAG